AUGGGGGUCCCACUUCACAGCGGCAUCAAGGGUCACGCCGAGUACACAAAAUUCAUCAAUGGUCAACAUUUUGCCCAACAUAUAUUCUCAGUGUUGAUCUUGCUGGGAAUGAUAUUGGCAGUGCAGAGUCAGCAUGAAAACUGUAAAUCGGGAUAUGCUGGGUUUAGAAGUGGACCGAUGGGCCAGUUUAACUAUGAAGGACCAAGAGAUUUGUACAUUUUGCCUGGCACCUCAUCAGCAAGUCUUCCCACUUUGACAUGUUUGGUCUUUUGUGGCACAGUUCAUUCAAUUGGGCCUCUUGACCCACCCCUGUCGACAGCGUUCUGGUACUUCAACAACGCACCUGUUCAAGACAAUCCAUUGUUCAGGAUUGAAGGCCAUUAUGUAGACCAUCGGCAGUUAUCAUUAGACAAGGUUGUUAUAUACACCAGAAAGCUGCACUGGCCAACAACUAUCACUCAGUCAAUGAUAGGAGAUUAUGAAUGCGCAUUUCGACGGGCAGGAGGACUUUUUCAAAGGAGCAAUCUAACUUUACAUGUUGCCAAUGUUCCAUACAUUACAUUCAUCAGUGGAUCCAUGACUAUCGUGUCCACAUCAUGGCAGGUGGGAUCAAUUGCCUUGGUGUGCAGAGCAAACGGCACAGGACCAUUGAAUGUGACAUGGACUAAGAAUGGAAGAAUACUACCAGCAUAUAAUGGUGCAAAUGGUUGGACACGCAAGCUUGGUGAUUACCUAACUGUGGACGACUCAGGGAUGUAUACUUGUACAGUAUCGUCGCCCUUUGGAAUUGCUUUAAAACAACUGACCAUCCUAGUACAAGAUAUUCCCAGGUUUCUUAUUGCCCCUAGCCCGGCACGUAUUGUCCAGAAUUCACUAAGAGCAACUUCAGUCACUCUCAAUCUUCAAUCACCAUCAUACAAAGGAAAUCUACCUGUAACAAGUUACAAAGUCAUUUGUAAACCAGAUGCAGAGUACAGAUCUUAUGUGAAGGACGCUGUUCAAAGUGUUCCACUCAAUACUGUCACAAUUAUUGAACUUCAACCAGCCACCAAGUACACCUGCCGGUAUCAUGCAGAAAAUGCAGCUGGUUCAAGUGGUCCAAGUCCCAGACUGAAACUGGAGACUCCCGAAUCACGGUCUGCGGCACCCCAAGGCCUCACUGCUGUCUCAACAUCACCAGGUCAUGCGACGAUAGGGUUUAAGCCACUGCCACCUGCUCUUUCCCAUGGUACUCUCAUUGGCUAUGAGAUCAGUUACGAUGCUAUUGGGUGCAACAAAGUAGAAGAUUGUCAAUGUCAACUCUACAACUGUUCUCUGCACGGAUCUAUUCGAGUUCAUGAAAGUUGGGUCAGUAACUCAAUUUCACUAUCUGGCUUGCGGCAUUUUACAAGGUACCAGAUUGCUGCUGCAGCCGUUAAUGGAGUGGGUCUUGGUGUUAAAGCAAGGAGGUGGCUCGUAACUCAGAGGCUAGGUUCUGAGGUUGUACGGUGA